CUCUGUUCUCACAGAUAAUUGAACCAAAUGGCUUCAUCUCAAAGCCAGAAACUUUGGUGUUCAUUUGAAUGUUCAAUCAACCCAAUUACAAAUCUUCAAAAUUCUAAGUCUUUACUAUUCAAAGACCAACCUUCCACAUAAAAAUGCAAGAAUCAUGGAGUAAAAACCUCCAUUUCUUGACUCAGUCUCCUCCUCAUUAAAUAUAACCCAAGAAAAUGAAUGAAAACGAAUUGUUAUGAUCACCACACUAAGUCAUAGCAGCCGACUCAUGACAAUGACCCACAACAUAAUAUGUCCUCCUUUCACAUACCUCCAUAAGCAAACCUCCAAAUUCACAUCCACCAGUAUAAAUCCGUUACAUGUUUUUUCAGAUGAGUAAAUAGACCGAGUUGAAUCCAACAGUAACUCAGUCUUUCAAGUCUUCGCCUUUGUUUCUUUCUUUUUGUGGGCUAUCUUAAACUUGUAAAUCCCGUCCAACAAAGAAUUUUGUACAUAAAUUAAUCUUCUUUUUUUAUGUUGGUUUUCAUUUUGUCAGUCGUUAAGUCAAUCAAGAAAUAAUUUUAUUUCAUCUUCUGCAAAAGAUUGUAUAUUUUGAUUGAUAUUGAAUUCUUUACAUGAUCAAAAAAUGCAGACAUGUGACAGCAGAAGCUUCUCUGAGCUUGUAACUCAACUACAAGCUUCAGCAGAAGAAGUAGCAUCACUUGCUGAGAAUUCGGAAUUCGAUAAGGAAAUUCUUGCUGAAUUUGCUGGUUUACUUGAUAAGUUUACACCGAUUCUGACCGAGUUAAAGGACAAUGAUAAGAUCAUGGACGGCCCACCUGUUAGAAAAGCAGUUGAGUCGCUUGAAAACGAGUUUAAGCGAGUCAAGGACUUGAUUAAAAGCUCGAGUUCAAGUACGAGAUCACACAGUAAGCAAAUGGAGGAUUUGACUCAAGAUCUUGGAAGAUCUUUAGGCCUUAUUCUGUUUGCAGGUAUUAAUGUUUCUUCAGAAUUUAAAGAAAAAGUUGCUGUAUUACAUAAAGAAUUGAUGAAUGCUAAGUUUAAUACUAGUUUAAGUUCGAGUCCUAGUCCUUGCGCGAAUUUGAGUUCUAUAUUGAGUCAAGAAUCGGAUUUUGGGAGUGAAUUCGGGUUUGUGGGAGAAAUCGAGGAGGAAAGUAUUACUUUAAGUACUGAAGAUGUAGUGUUGCAAAUUAAGUAUGGUAAUGAUGAAGAGCUCAUGCUUGCGAUUCUUGGAUUACGCGAUUUUGUUAUGGAUCAAACGGUUGAUAAAGAAUGGAUUAGUGAUGAAGGAGUGAUUCCAAUAUUGUUUAAUAGGCUAAGUUCAAGCAAGUCUAACAGCCGGUGGCGCAUCGUUCAAAUUCUGAGGAUUAUUGCUUCUGAUAACAGUGAAAUGAAGGAACAGAUGGUAGAUGUUGAGUUUUUAAAGCUAUUGGUGAGAUCAUUGACUCGAGAAGUGGACGAAAGGAGGGAAGCUGUAGGACUUCUGUUGGAACUCUCGGAGGUUUCAGCAGCUCGUCGGAGAAUUGGACGAAUUCAAGGCUGUAUUGUAAUGCUAGUCACAAUGCUUAAUGAUGAUGACUCAAUUGCUUCUCAUGAUGCUGAGAAGUUGUUAAAUGAGUUGUCGAGUAAUACUCAAAAUGCACUUCAUAUGGCUGAGGCUGCUUACUUUAAGCCUUUAGUGCAUUGCCUAAAGCAAGGCUCUGAUAUGAAUAAGAUCCUCAUGGCAACCGCAAUAUCAAGAAUGGAGCUCACAGAUCAACGAAGAGCUUCGUUAGGCGAAGAUGGGGCAGUUGAACCUCUUGUCAAGAUGUUUAAAGCCGGAAAGCUUGAAUCCAAGUUAUCUGCUUUAAAUGCAUUGCACAAUUUAUCAAACUUGACGGAGAACAUACAGCGUUUAAUCAGUUCAGGCAUCGUAGUUCCCCUGCUUCAGCUACUAUUUUCUGUCACAUCUGUGCUUAUGACUCUUCGGGAGCCAGCAUCAGCAAUACUUGCGAGGAUUGCUCAGUCAGAAUCUUUUCUAGUGAAUCAUGAUGUGGCACAGCAGAUGCUCUCACUUUUGAAUCUAUGCUGUCCAGUAAUUCAAUGUCAUCUCUUGGAAGCACUCAAUAACAUUGCUUCACAGUCUAGAGCAACCAAAGUAAGAAAAAAAAUGAAAGAAAAUGGCGCGGUACAACUUCUCGUGCCAUUUUUGACAGAAAAUAAUGUGAAAAACAGAACUGCUACCUUGAAAUUGAUUUAUACUCUUUCCAAAGAUUCACCAGAAGAGUUAAUGGAACAACUUGGAGACUCAUAUCUUAUUAAAAUUGUCAAUAUUGUCGCUUCAUCAACAUCCGAGAGUGAAAAAGCUGUUGCGAUUGGCAUACUUAGCAAUCUUCCGAUUAGCAACAAGAAAGCGUCGGAUAUUCUGAAUAAAUGCCACUUGCUGCCUGUUUUGAUUUCAAUAAUGAGUUCAAGUACGCAGGAUUCAACAGAAACGACAAGCUGGCUAAUGGAACGCAUAGCUGACAUGUUUGUUCGAUUCACAGUUCCUUCUGAUAAGAAACUGCAGCUUCAUUCUGCAGAAUUAGGAGUCAUACCUUUGCUUGUGAAGUUGCUAUCAACUGGGUCAUUGGGUGCCAAAUAUAGAGCUGCAAUCUCACUAGCUCAACUAUCGCAGAAUUCGCUAGCGCUACGAAAAUCCAGAAACUCGAGAUGGAUGUGUAUGCCUUCUUCGGGCGAUUCACUUUGCGAAGUUCAUGACGGGUAUUGCAUUGUUAAAACCACAUUCUGUUUGGCCAAAGCCGGUGCUGUCACUCCUCUGAUCAAACUACUGAAAGGCGACGAAAGGGAAGCUGACGAAGCAGUUCUCGGUGCACUUUCGACUCUUUUGCAAGACGAAAUAUGGGAGAACGGGUGCAACUACUUAGCUAAAAUGUCAAUUCUUAAAGGGCUAAUAAAAGUGUUGGAAUCAGGAAAUGUAAAAGCUCAAGAAAAAGCAUUGUGGAUACUGGAGAGAAUGUUUAGAAUUGAGGAACAUAAAACAAAAUACGGCGGGUUGGCUCAGGCAGUGCUGAUUGAUCUUGCACAAACUGGUGAUCCGAGACUUAAAUCAGCAGUUGGUAAGGUUUUGGCACAGUUAGAGCUGUUGCAAGAUCAAUCCAGUUACUUUUGACACAAGUUAAGAACCCUUGUGCAUAAGAUUUUCCUUCAUAUACAUAAUAUAAAUAUACGAUUGUUGGUGUA